AUGGCGACAGCGGCGGAGCUACAAGCGACGACCUACGGGUGCCACGAAUGCGAUAUGAGCGUGUCCCUUACGCUCCUUCCCUCGCCUCUCCUCUGUCUCCACUGCCACACCUCCUUCCUCGAACUAAUGGCCUCUCCCUUCUCCCAAAACAAUGUCGAAUCACCCCUCUUUGGCGUCGUUUUCCACGAAGCGCUCUUACUCCUCUCCCCCAAGCCCCUCCCCGCCAAACCCUGCCCUCUCCCCUUCGUCAACGUCACACCCUCGCUCCUUUCCGCGCUCGACCCCAAUGGCGUUGUUUUCUGCGUUGUGUGCAAAGACCAAAUUUCCCUCUUUGACGCCGAGGCCAAACAGUUGCCUUGCAAACAUCUCUACCAUGUCGGUUGCAUCACACCGUGGCUCGACCUCCACAUGCCGUGCCCGUUGUGCAGGCUCCGCCUUGAGGAAGAGGGGGCACAGGAGGAGGAAGACGAAGGUGACGACGUGGUGAGGGAGAUCCGGAGGGAGCCUUGA